AUGAAUGCAACUUAUGAACCCGAUGACAAUGAGAAAGUAACUGACGACACGUGGAUAUGUCAUAUCAUGGCAACAGAAGCAGUUAUUGGUGUCGUAGGGAACCUUUUAGUGUGCUUCGUCAUCCUGCGGGUCAAGUUCCUACACAACAUGACCAACUACCUGCUGGUGAAUUUGGCUGUUGCAGAUAUGCUGCUGUGUCUGCAAGUGUUCUUAUUUUAUCUUUCUGCAUCAGAAUGUGAACUCAUCGCGUUUGCUCCAGUAGACGUUGGCCUGAGAGAAUUGUUCUGCCGACUCAUACGCUCAAGGUUUUUAGCAUGGGCAAUGUGCUAUGCCUCUGCCUACAAUCUCUGUGUGGUUACAUUAGAGAGGUAUAUUGCCAUAGUUCACCCUCUACACUAUGCGAGGAAACUCACAACAGCACGGAUGAUAACUUUAAUUGUUAUGAUUUGGAUGAUAUCAUUUGUAUUGCCUGUACCAUUUCUGUUUACAAUCGAACCCAGUGAUGACGUCAACGAGAUUUGCUCAGAAGCGAAUCACCCACACCCCGCUUUCCCAAUUCUAGUCAGCAUAUUUUCUUUUUUCUUUGGAUAUUUGCUGCCCCUAACAUUAAUGAGUUUGGCCUACUACAAAAUGCAGGUCACUCUGAAGAGACAAGCAAAAGCAUUGAACCUGCAACAUGCAAGGGCAGCUGCCUAUGAUCUUUUGAUUGCUAGACAGAAUCUGGUCAGCAUGCUUAAAACUGUCUUAGGAGCUCUCAUUAUACUGUGGACACUGAGUUAUUUAGCUACCCUUCCUUGUAUAAAUCUAACUGAGAAGGGUCUGUUCUUGUUCUGUGGAUCAAAGGGCUACCGCUAUACCAAAGUAGUUUGUAAUUUACUAUUUAAUUUUAAUUCAGUCAUCAAUCCAAUCAUCUAUGAGUUUAAAUACAAGAAAUUCAGGCAAGGUCUUAAGGUAGCUUUCUGCAGCUGUUCUAAAAAGCAUGGCGGUAACAGAGUUGACGUUGAGAUGGACAUAUAUGUUUGCAGGCAAUAA